AUGGUCUAUGGAAAUAUCAUUAAGGAAAUGUUUAAAAUAAUGGAUCCUUCAAGACUUAAGAAGAACAGAAAGAAACGUGGACAUGUUUCCGCAGGGCAUGGUCGUAUCGGCAAACAUCGUAAACACCCGGGGGGACGUGGUCUUGCAGGUGGUCAACAUCAUCAUCGUACCAAUAUGGAUAAAUAUCAUCCAGGAUAUUUCGGUAAAGUCGGUAUGAGACAUUAUCAUUUGACCAAACAACAAUAUCAUUGUCCUAUUGUCAAUUUGGAUAAACUAUGGACUUUGGUAUCUGAACAAACGAGGAAAAAGUAUGCUGCUACAAAAGACGUUGUACCCGUUAUUGAUACUUUAAGAGCAGGAUAUGGCAAAGUAUUAGGUAAAGGUAAUUUACCUAAUCAACCUGUUAUUAUUAAAACAAGAUAUGUCUCUAGAAGAGCCGAAGAAAAAAUAAAGAAGGUUGGAGGUGUUGUUCAAUUAGUAGCAUAA